AUGAUUGGUGUAAGUUACCUGCUUGAGAAUAAAGUAGUAUAUUCAAUUGAUCAGCGGGUGGUAAACUUCUGGCCCAUUCACAAAUGGCAGCUCUACGAUGCAGUUCUUGAACAUCCAUUUGUUGAUUCUCCCACGAAGACUGACCGUCCACAUCCGGCUUGGCGCCCAUCUGCCGCAGUCCAUAAGGACAAUGACGAUGCGGUCUCAGUCGGCGUAGCUUCUCUCGAAUAUCCUGUGCAGUUGGAGUCGUUCGAGACAUUCGGACGGUUCGAUGAGGUCGUAGAACACGAAGAUGGUUACGAAUAUCAGCAGAAGAGCUAG